AUGUACUCGCCCAAGUUCCUGCUCGCGAUGUGCCUUACCGUGGGCUUGGUGACGGCUUUGCCUAAGGUGGGGUCGACCAGCGAGUUGGAUGGGGAUCUCUACAAUUACAAGCGCGAUGGAGCUGAGCUCGACGGAGAUCUCUACAACUACAAGAAGCGGGCUGAGGCCGAGCUUGAUGGCGACUUGUAUAACUACAAGCGCGACGGGGCUGAGCUCGACGGAGAUCUCUACAACUACAAGAAGCGGGCGGAUGCUGAGCUCGAUGGCGACUUGUACAACUACAAGAAGCGGGCUGAGGCUGAGCUCGACGGCGACCUCUACAACUACUAA